AUGAGUGAGCAUCAGCAUCAUUCUCAUCACGGUCAUGUAGAGUCUUGUGCAGCCAGCUCGGCACGUGACAGCGCCCCGGUGAGUUUUGAGGGGGAACCCGAAAGACAUUUAUGGACCACAGCGAGGGGACACGAGGAUCAUCCUUCUGAGACCUUUCAGCAAGCAUGGGGAGAAAAUCAAGAGCGGGUAAAAUCACGUGUUAUCCCUCAAGCACCGCGACGGAACUUGUACUUGAGUUCCGGUAAAGCACCACCAGUUGAGGCUUCCAAAAAUGGCACUUACAGAUCUUUUUAUUUUUCUCGUCAUUUCUCUUCAGAGCCCGUGGAGCUGCAGAUUGAGGGACUUUCACCUCUUGUUGGACAGACAAUGUUGUACAUGUGGUAUGCCGUGAUCAUUGCGGCUGCGAUUGUGCAGGGAAUGGAAUUUGUUUCAUGGGGUUUGGUGAGCAUAUGUGGCGAAGAGGUGAGUGAUUUGCGCCAAUACGACAAGUGGAAUAGUCCAUGCGUAAGAACCAAACUGGAAAACGCCACAGGUGAUUUGUACACCAUUCGCUGGGAGGGAGGACCAUAUGGUGCGGCGUUUGAGAGCGCCACGGUGCGCUUUCCGAACAUAGUUAUGAGUCUGGCUUCACCAGAUGAUUGGGGUCACGAAACAGAUUCCACGCGUACAUACAAUAUACAGGCAGUUAUUCCCCACGCUGCCAACACGGAUGAAAUAUUCACAUUUCCGCUUCAUGUCACAUGUACCCGGUCGUCUCGACGAUGUGCCUUUGUUCAACUUCCUCCGGAGGCCGUUUUAAAUGAGACAUCGAGUGAAACCCGAUCACUGACACUUCGUGGUGUGCCGGCAACGCUUGCACGCGUCGCCAACAAGUCCUCUGUUGGAAUUGUGUUUCAGAGGUAUGCCUACUCAUUGGGUAUAUUCAUUUGGAGGUAUAUGUUUUUACUUAUUUCAUUCUUACAUUUGGUGCGGUUUAUUGUGUAUAAAAAAUUCACAAGUACAUUGUACGAGCAGAGUUGGGUGGUAGUGCUGCAGUUGGCACUCUUUUGGUACUUGAAUCCUCUCUAUGCGUUGAAUUAUUCUAAAAAUAGGCCAUCUUUGGUCCUCAAUUCUUUGGAGUUUCAAUUUCCAACGUGGUUUGUGGCAGUGUUUGUGGGGUUUAUGCUUUCUGCCAUUACUGCGUCGAUGCCAUGGACACCACCCCCGCAUGGGCAGCGGCAUGUGAAGUAUAAUCUCUUGACUCUUAGCGGUAUCAAGGGUUAUUUGUGCCACAGCGCUAGUGUGUACGACCCGCCAUUAUGGACAAAGUGUUUGGUGGUAGUGUAUAUACUUAUUAUUGUCGCAUUGGACAUUGUUGGGGAGUCACUGCACGUCAAGGAACCGUUAGAAGCAUGGGGAGGGGGCUUGCCUUCAACAUCUUAUCUCUUGGCAGCAUUGAUUCUACUGGGGUGCCUUGUUUGCUGCGUUUUGCUCAUUCACCUGCACCGCAACAUGGGGAAGAAGUCAUAUUUGGACUCAAGACCGCAACAACUGGCCUCUCGUGUUUUGAUUCUUGUCUUUGUAACAUCGAUGAUCUAUUACACUUUUCAUAUCAUCAUGUUUUUCCUGCGUUAUAAAAAGAUCCCCGGCAUGUCGGUGACGCAGCCCAUGAUUCAGCUUCCCGCCAUCAUGGUGUCAACCAUUCUGGUGAACAUCAUGACGCUCAUAUACACCACACGUAACCGAAGCCGCCUGGUUCCGAUUCAUCCACGGGAUAAACGCUGGAAGAUGAUGGUAUGGCCCAAUACGUGGUACCGUUGGCUCUCUCGCCAUGGCGGAAGUAUGUACAUUUUUCAUACAGAGGCGGAGGAACUGAGCUUUAACUGGAAUCAAAUCGGGUAUCGUAUACGACAACACAAAGCAAAGGUCAUGCGGAGGAAGGGGCGGAAGGGCGGGACAUCUCAUUCUAGACGUGCCGUGGCACAUGGGCCGGGGCAAAAUUCACACCAUCCACACGCUGAAGAUGAGGCACCGUCGGAAAUCCCAACAUUUCGGAGCCCUCAAGCGACCCCUACGGUCUCAGUUACAACUCCAUACAUUGAGACACUUGAGAGCCGUGAUAUUCUUAACAUGGACGUGACCUCCACGUGGUUUCUCCCGCCCCAGACGUGCUCGCCUACCGCCCCCCCAGCGAUUCAACAGAGUUUCCACAGCCGCUUGCCCUCCGAAGAAAGAAAUGGGUCUGAGAGUGUUGAUCAGAAUAGAGUUUUACGAGCAGAAAGAUGCCAUAACAUUCCCAAUUCCCCGUGCCCAAUAGAUUGGAGGUGGGAGCCGCAAAUGUCGUCUUCUUUACCACCCAUUGCUCCUUUUCGUGAGACCGGCGAACCAGCUUUAUUUGGUGCGUGGAACCAACCAUUGGGUCGACAAGAACGUGCGUCAGCUCUGGCGGAGAGCGGCAACAUGGUGACGUCUGCUGAAGGGCGUAAUCUGGGAGAGGCCGAAGAAGAAGAAGAGGAAGAAGAAGAAGGAGCACCGAAUGUGGCGGCUCGCACCAUCAGUCGAGCGCGGGAGAAGCUGGACCGCAUCAUCAGAGGCGCGGAGAGGACCCUUAUUUCGGGACCACUUCAGGCUUUUGAGCAAUUUGAGACAUUUCUUUUGGAUGCGGCCAUGCGACCCUUUCAGGAUCUCGAGUAUCUUCCUUUUUUUAACCUGGAGACGGCGAUCGACUGCUUCAACCUGUCCUGGGAGGCCUACGGAACAUCUCAUCGACCAGAGGGGAGGAUGGAAGGAAGGAUUGAGCGGUGCACGCCAUUUUCACUUUCCCGUUUGUGCUGGUUAUGCUGCUGCUGCUGUUUGUCUCCUUCCUCAUUGGACGGCCUGUUGCGAGUCCCCGUGGAGGAUUCAGCAGAAGCGCCAGUGGGGAGUGGGACACACCCCACUGAGAACGAGGACGGGCCUCAAAUUCAGAGAAGGCCCUCGGGUUACAACGAUCCACCUCCCAUCGAUGUGGAACGCUACGGCUACCGUCUUUGCGCAGUGAUGGAAGCCCUGGAUGUGCAAGUGGUUAUUUCGGCUCUGGACUCCCCUGAAGCAAUCAACAAUGGCAAGGCUCCACGUAUUGUAAUUGCUUUUCGAGGCACGAUGAGUAUGAGCAAUGCCUGGCAAGAUUUGCGUGUUCGUCGUGUGGUGUGGGAAGAAAUGAUGGAAGGCGAAACAAGGCCGUUUCAACAUAUGUGUUGUGGGUGGAAACCGACUGUUCAUGUGGGAUUUCUCUCAAUUUGGAACGCGCAUCGUGAACACGUCUAUAGGAGGCUUUGGGAGGAACUUUCUGCCAAUCCUUCCACAGUGUACCGAGUUUUUUGCACAGGGCACAGUCUUGGUGGCGCUCUUGCGACCCUCUGUGCAUAUAGUGUAUGUAAAAUGUUGCGCCAAAAAAAUUAUCCUCUUCUGGAGGUGACCGUUUACACGUAUGGGCAGCCACCGCUUGGCAACAAGGCCUUUCAAAAGGCCUACAACAAGGCCGUCCCCCGCACCUUUCGCGUUGUGAACGAGAGCGACGCAGUGGGAUUAAUCCGCAUGUACGGUUGUCAUGUUGGUAUUGAGGUUGACAUUGAUCGCCAUGGCAACUACAUCUGCAAGCCCACAUACAUGGAGCGACUAUUUCGCCCGAUGAAAGGCAAGGGAUUUGCUGUUGAAAACCAUCUUAUGGGGAGUUACGCGGCCUCUUUGAAUGCCAUUGCAAGGGACACGGGCUGCCCAUCCGUGGCCUGCCUGGGAGAAACCAAUGGGGAUGCCGAUGCCAAUCCGGUGGCAGUGCCAGAGCAGCAAGGGGAGCCAGGGCCUACGGGCUAA